AUGUGGUAUGAGAUUACAAUAAAGAUAGAUAUUUUUAAUCAUCAAGUCCAUGGUGAUACGAAGGUUAAGAUGCCUAGUACAUUCGUGAUUACUAGGAAUCUAAUAACUGCCUCAAUAUCAGUAGGAGUCUCAAUGCUAACUGGAAUUCCACCACCUUUGACAGCUGCUAUUGUCAAUUCUUUGUUCCCAAAUGAAGCUGCCAACCCACAAGCCGUUUGGGAUAGUAUCCUAGUCUAUGCUCAGGUUGCAAUCGAUAGGAGCAUUGAUAAUGCAACUUAUGCUCUGGUUCAAUCGGAAUUACUUGGAUUCUCUCAAUUGAUGGAUGAAUAUUAUUUUGCUGCAAUGUCUGAUCCAGAUUCAACUGCCGAAUACCUAAGUUCAGUUUAUAUUUCUUGUGUUACCCAAGUGAUUCGUCAAGAACAACUCUUUAAAACUCAACAAUUCCAAACAACUCUCUUACCAUUGUUUGCUCAAUUUGCAAAUGUAUAUUUAUCAUUCAUUCGAGAUGGUGUAACUUAUGGAAAUCAAUUGGGAUGGAGUCAAUCUGUUAAAGCUCGAUAUGAUACUUUGAUGAAAUCAAAGAUUAUCAGUUAUACCGAUUAUUCAAAUUCAGUUAUAAACAGAAGAAUUCAAUCAAUACCAUUCCAAGAUGGAUAUACUCCACCUUCACAAUGGAAUCAGAUUACUACAGAUCUCAAUCAUUUCUAUUUGUCAGUAACAUUAUUCUCAUACAAUUGGAAAUAUUUUGAUGUCAAGCUAUAUCCAACUGGUGGAUCAAUUGGCCCAGUUUCUCAUAUUCUUUUAUCAGAACUCACGGGUGUUUUCAAUGGUAAUGCUGCCAUGUGUAUGAAUAUAAUGUGUAAGAAAUUGUAUAGACCUGAAAUUGUAGCUUCUAAACUAUCAAAGACAACAAUGAUGUCCAAAAUCACACCUUAUAUUCAUAAAUUUGUUGGUAUAGUUGGACUCUUUAUUGAAUACAAUGAUGGAUCAACAAAACUUAUUGGUCGUACUUUAGGAAAUUAUGUUACACAAAAACCAACAUUAUUUUUAAGACAAAUUCCAAUAGUUUCAGUCUCCACUACCUCUGACCCAAAUCAUAUUUUUUCAAUAACUUUCUCUUAUGCCGACACUGGUGCUACAGAUAUAAUAGGUCAGGUUUUUACAGAUUCCAAGGCUGUAACAAUGGAUUCUUCAUAUCCUGGUAAUUGUCUUGUAGAUAUCGUAGAUCCUGGAUAUGAUUACUCCAUUGAUUCACUAGGAAAUUCUUAUUUGAGUGGAAUAUCAUUUGCCUUUGAUGAUGUUGACUUCCGUUACCCAGUUUCAUUAUUUGCACCAGUUGCAGUAUCUCAAUAUUCUAUUGGUGAAUCAAAUGGUGAAUAUAGAUAUUUAUACAAUCUUCCAAAUUCUCCAGCUACAGAUUUUGCGGCUAAGAUUGGAUCUACAAGUCAAAUCAAUAUUCCAAAUAAAAGUGCUUAUGAUUUUGGAACCUUUGAUUUCUCAGCAACAUCUCUUGUCCAAACAACUGCACCAGGAACAAUCAUGUCAAAUAAACCUGAAGCUGGAAGCAGUGCUGACAAUGGUGGAUGGAGAAUUGUCAUCAAUACAAAUGGUGUCAUUAUUUUCACAAUUGAUAAUGGUUUCGGGUUUUUCCGAGCUACAUCAACAUCAACACAAAUAUUUGAUGGAAAUUGGCAUCAUGUUGCUGCUAUUCGAAGAUCUGGUUCAUUGGAAAUUUGGUUAGAUGCUGUUAAACUCACAAUAACUACUACAGGUUCAAAUUUGAGUGCAAGAUCAACAAAUUCACUAUUAAUUGGUGCACAUUAUUAUAUAAAUAUAGCAACUGAACCACACUUUGAUGGAUCUAUCGAUGAUGUCACAUUAUGGAAUGUUGCAAUCACUCAAACACAAAUACUAAAUACCAUGAAUAGAAAUAUUUUUGGAAAUGAACCAAAUUUGGUUGGAUAUUGGUCAUUUGAUAAUAAUUUCAAUGAUAAGAGUUCUACUUCAAAUAAUGGUGCCUCACUUGGAAGUGUAAAUUUUAUUCCAAUAAAUUUAAAGAAAAUUGGAUGGCUAUACGGCGGAAACUCAUUCAAAGCAUUCCAAGUUCCAUGGUCUGUAAUUAUGGUACCCGAAGCUAAUCCUGAUUCAAAGAAAUCAAUUGUUUAUCGAUUCAAAUUUACUCAAUCAAAUGGUGAUAGAUUCUAUUAUACAACGGAAAGUUCAUUCACUUCAAGUGGUUGGGUAUAUGAUGGUAUAGCUUUUCUUGCUUAUAAUUCUUUCGAUGAUACAGUUUCACCAAAACCAGUUUAUAGAUAUUCAAGAACUCAAAUUCCAACAUUUGGAUCAGGAUUAGUGUAUGGAUAUUCAAUUGUUCCAAACUUACCGGGUUGGACAAAAGAAGGUAUUGCUUGGUAUACAUCAAGUGAUUCAUCAACAUCAUUCCUUUCAUAUCAAGAUUUAGAAUAUAAGAUGAUCCAAAAUAUGGGAUCUCAAAGUUGUUUGAUGGCACCAACAACAUCUGGAUCAUCAGUAACACUUUCAACAUGUGAUCAAUCGAAUCUUCAACAAUUCUGGUAUUUGAAAUAUGAUUCAUUUGGACCACAUCUUUACAAUCCACAAACAAAGAUGUAUUUGAACAGUCAAACAACAACAUUGAUUGGAACAACAUCAAUACCACAAAACAAUUUUAAUAUUCUCAAUCAAUUAACAAAUGGACGAUACACAAUUCAAGAAUAUAUUUCUUCACUUUGUCUUCAACUCAAUACUGUCUCAAAUAUUGUUGAAUUCAAAACAUGUGAUUCAUCAAAUCAAAAUCAAAUUUGGAAUUAUCCAAGUUCAGUUUUAGUUGAAACUAUAACUUAUAUUCCAUUGUUCCCAGGUGCAUGUUUAGAUUCACUUGGAUUGAAAUGUCCAACAACACUUCCAGAAGGUAGAACACUCAAGACAUCAAGUUCAUCGCUCUCAAUCAACUCUCAAGGAAAUGGAUACUUAACACUAAAAUAUGGAAGUUCUGAAGUAUAUUCAUUUGGUGUGUCAACUUCAACAUCAGGACCAUAUUCAAUUACAAUUCAAUCAGAUGGAAAUGUUGUUUUGAAUGGUAAAUCUGGAACCUAUACAGCAAUUGGAUGUUGGAAUCUUGGAGGUCAAUAUCUCAAUCUUCUUGAUAAUAAUCUUUACGGCAUACCAUACGGAUUGAUCGUUCAAAACUCUAAAAGCAAAAUGAUUUGGUCGAAAUUAGGAUAUCCAACUUCAAUGAAGAUUGGAUUGAUUCCAGGUUCAUUCAUUGACAAUAAUGAUCCAACAAAUAAUUAUAUUGGAGUAGAUCAAUUCAUAACCAAUGGAAGAGAUUAUUUAAUAAUCAAGAAAAAUGGAAAUGCAUAUGGUGCUUAUUUAUAUGGACAAAAUCCAAAUCAUGGAUCUUCUCCUUUAUGGAAAUAUGAAUAUCCUACACAAUUUAAAGAUGAUCUCAGAAUAUAUGUUCAUUACAGUAUGCAAACGAAUUCAUUCUGCUUUGUAAACUCAAUAACACAAUCAAGUUCUUGUCAUAUCUUUGGUAAAUGGAGCACAACCAGCCUAGAAUCAUCUCAAUAUCUCCAACUUCCAGCUCCAGGAAGCGAUCAACCAUCGGAUUGGGCAAUUGUAUUGCGUUCAACAAAAGGAUCAUUGACAUAUGGAUAUUUUGGAAACUCCAAAGUUUAUGGAAACUCUGCACUUCAACCAAAUACAAACAAUAUUUACCAAAAUAGAUUCCUAAGUUUCCAAAUCAAUUCAAACAUAUAUACUCUUAAAAAUAUGUUCACGAACCAAAUCAUUCAAGAAUCACCACCAAAUCUUCAAAUUUGCAAACAUGGUUGGUCAAGUUCCACCGGAGCCUAUCAAUUGAUCUAUGAUACAACAACUACUUGUUCGUCCAAUGCGAAGACAAUGAUUGAUUCCAGUGGUACUCUCAAUGAUUAUUCAUCUGCAACGGACAGAACCAUUGUACUUAUUCCAGCAAUGCCAGAAUUAGUUAUAUUCAAUUCAUAUGGAUUAUACUUAUGGUCUCAAGGAUAUAGUACUCUUUAA